AUGGGUCGUAUGCAUGCUCCCGGUAAAGGUAUUUCGAGCUCUGCUCUUCCAUACCGACGUACUCCACCGUCUUGGUUAAAAACUACGCCUGAAGAUGUGUGCGAACAAAUUUUCAAGUUUGCAAAAAAAGGUAUGACACCUUCACAAAUUGGUGUGACGCUUAGAGAUUCUCAUGGUAUCGCACAAGUGAAGAACGUAACAGGGAAUAAGAUUCUCCGUAUCUUGAAGUCAAAUGGUUUGGCACCUGAAAUUCCUGAAGAUUUAUAUCAUUUAAUCAAGAAAGCUGUUGCUGUUCGAAAACAUUUGGAACGUAAUCGUAAAGAUAAAGAUUCCAAAUUUCGAUUAAUUUUGAUUGAAUCCAGAAUUCAUCGUCUUUCCAGAUAUUAUAAGACAGCUGGUCAAUUAGCUCCAAAUUGGAAAUAG